AUGAAUGAGGAUGGUCUUCACGGUGCGGACGCGAUCUACAUGCUGAUGAAUGGGAAAACGUCUUCUCCGUACGCGCGUGCAGCGCUGAUACUUGUCACGAUUCCGCAAGUUUUGUCGUUCAAUGAACGUGUCCAGCUUUUUCAAAAGUUGCUGGACGAUGCGAAGGCGCAAACAGGCAACACGCGCGACGAAUUUUCACGGGCUUUGCAGGUUCGGAUGUAA